CUCGUCGACACACAUGUGCUGUGCCGGCCCUGCAGAGGUCUAGGAGCAAGAGCACGCUACAAGAGGAGGGGAAAGGCAUGACCUUGCCUUCCUUGCCGCCACCUUCGGCGAAGCGAAGAAGACGGCAGCCUAGCCAGCGCAAUGCUGCUGUGGUUCCUACUAACAUCGACAGCAUGCUACUACAGCCGCCGAGAAUUGUGACAACAGAUGACAGCGCGGCCGCCGUCGCUGCUGCUUCUAGAGCUAGAAGGAGGAGGAGAAGGAGGAGCGGCGGCGGCGUGGUGGCCAAGGGGGCGAUGGUGGUGUUCCUCGCGGGCGGCGUGGGCACCGCGGUGACGGCCUUCUCCGCCGUCUGCAGCGCGCCGCCGCGGCAGCGCCCCCACCGUGAGCUCAUCUCGACCAACUCGCAGCAGCAGCCGGCUCCGCCGCCGAUCAUGGUGCCUUCCCCUCCCCUCGUGGGCGUGAACUCACCGCACGCUCGGCAGUUCCUCGAGGGCAUCAUCGCUGGCCAGGAAGCAGCGGAGGCAGAGGCAGUAGCUGCAAAGGGAAAGCGUCGGCGGCGGCGGUUGCAGCAGCAGCAGCAGCAGCAGGGAAACAACACCGCGAUCUUAGGGCUCACGGAUUAUUGGGGGGGUAUGGCGGGAGCAGGAGGGGGGACCUUCCGCUUGAAGGAGGAGCCGAGCUUGGCGGUGACUCCUGCCGCGGUUCCCGCGAGGCAGCGACCGGAACCGCUACCCAGAGAGUACGAGGAGGAGGCGGAGGAGGAGGAGGAGGACACGGGCCUUACGAGGGCGGUGGUUAGGACCGCGGCUGUUCCCGCCAAGAAGCCCAAGCCCAAGUACGGCUAUCGCCGGAGCUCGAACAAGCGCGCGCAGGCGAUACACGACAGCUGUGCCGAGCUGUGCCAGACGAAGCUGCUGACCAGGGCGGAAGAGUAUGAGCUGGGCACGAAGAUUCAGACGCUCAUGGGCCACGUGGGCACGAGGCAGGAGCUCGCGGCCAGACUGGGCCGGGCGCCGACAUUCUCGGAGUGGGCGGAGUCUUGCCGCACGACGGUGGUCGAGCUCGAGGAGAGCCUGAAGGUCUGCGGAGCCGCCAAGAAGACAAUGGUGGAGGCGAACAUGCGCAUGGUAAUCUCGAUCGCCAGGAAGUACCAGCACCUGGGCGUGCCCCUGACGGACCUCAUCCAGGAAGGGUCCCUCGGGCUUGUGCGAGCGGUGGAGAAGUUCGACCCCGAGCGAGGCUUCAAGCUCAGCACGUACUCGGCGUGGUGGAUUCAGCAGGCGAUCUUCAAGGGCAUCGCGAACCAGAGCCGAACGGUGCGGCUGCCGAUGCACGUGCAUAAUCUGCUCGGGCGUGUGAGGAGGGCGAAGAACGAACUCGGCGCUAGCCAAGGGAACCUCCCGACCGACCAUCAGAUCGCGAGGCACUUGGACAUGCCGGUGAAGCGGUUGCGGCGCUACUUGGAGUUGACGAAGGAAUCGGUGUCUUUUGAGAUGCCGACUGACCCCAGCACCUCGCUGCAGUCCGGGAAGGAGAGGGUGCUACGGGACACGCUGGUGGCGAAGGAGAGGGACCACCCGGAGAGGGAGGGGGACUCGGUGCUAUUCCGCGCGAGGCUGAGGGAGGUGGUCGGAGAGCUGUCCGAGGACGAAAAGAUCGUCCUCUCGCACAGGUGGGUUCGGGCUGGAAGACGGGAAGCGAAAGUCCCUGAGGCAGAUCGCGGAGAUGGUGAGAACGUCGCAGAAUUACGUGCGACGCGUGGAGGGCACGGCCAUGAGGAAGCUGCGUGCCCCCGAGCAGCAGCGACGCCUCCGGGACUUCAGCAACUCCUCCUCCUCCGGCGGGCUCUCCUCUAUUUCUCCGCGGCGUUCGUCGAUCCCCGCAGCCUCGACCGCACCGUCUUGGGAGGAAGUGUUGGCCGCCGCCGCGGCCUCCUCCUCUUCAAACCACAAUCGGAUUAGUGGCCGCGGCGGGCGGCGGGCGAGACGAGAAGUGACGGGUCGUCGUAGCGCGGUGUCGAGCCGAUGAGGCCGCCGGGCGUGGAGGGGUUGUUGUUGUCGGUGUUUUGGUUCGGGGUUUUGCAGUUAUUGAGAGAGGUGUCCGGGGAUAUACAGAUGAUGAGACAGCAGCAGCACGAGGGAUGUGAAG